AUGAGAACAAUCUUGGUCUUUACCUUACUAGUUGUUGCUGUCAGCUGCAGAGCAAUCAGCAAGAAUACUGAUGAAAAGAGCAAAAAACCAAAGAAAACAGAGCCUAAGUUAAUGAUUGGUUACCCGCUUUUUAAGAAGGAAGAUUUGGAUUCUCAAGGGUAUGCUUUGUUCAGAAAAGAUGAUUCUCAAGGGUAUCCUUUGUUCAGAAAAGAUGAUUCUCAAGGGUAUCCUUUGUUUAGAAAAGAUGAUUCUCAAGAUGGGUAUGCUUUGUUCAGAAAAGACGAUUCUCAACCAGGACAUGCUUUGUUCAGAAAAGAUGAUUCUCAAGAUGGGUAUGCUUUGUUCAGAAAAGACGCUCAAAACGGAAAUUCUAUACUUUAUGGCCAUCCCUUAUUUAAAAAAGAGGAUCAAGAUGGUGAACUCUCGGAGAAAGCUGACACUCCCUUAUUCAAGAAAGAGGAUAGCCAAUCAGCUGAUUCUAAACGCCCGAUUAUUAUAUGGAAGAGGGAUGGCCCAUCAUCUGAUUCUGAAAUUCCAAUGAUUCUAUUUAAGAAAAGGCAAGAUGAUGAUAGUGAGAAAUCGGAAGCAAAGAAUGUAGUAUCUUGGUUUUCACAGAGAGAUACAAGAAAGCAAGGAUUUAUCCCUUUUAAAAGAGGUCACAAAAGGCUAUCUUACAUACCUAACUCUAACCCAUUUAAGAAAAUUUUCCUUGGUGAUUUAUCUAGUCGAUCGGAAAAAAUGGCUUGA